GCAGGAUCCCAGUGAACAUUUCUUCAACAAUGGGCUGUUCUGCUUAUUGCUUCCACUGUCUUUUUGAUCAUGGGACACCGGUGAUUCUGGUUGUUAGUAGCAAAAAAGUGGGAUUCAUCUUCAGACUGUUGCAGCUAUGCAUCAUCGUAUAUGUUGCUGUGUAUGUCUGCUGGUAUAAACGGGCCUAUCAAGAGAGAGAUUCAGUGAUCAGCUCAGUUAGUACGAAGGUGAAAGGAAACAUUCUGACCAAUUCAUCUGCUCUUGGAACUCAUGUUUGGGACACUUCUGAAUAUGUCAUCCCACCACAGGGUGAAAACUCUUUCUUUGUUUUAACAAAUGCGAUUGUUACUCAAGGCCAAACACAGGGCAGCUGUCCUGAGAUUCCAAGUGAAUUCACUAAUUGCCAAUCAGACAGUGACUGCAAAGAGGGACUCAAAGAAAUUCGUGGCAAUGGCGUUCAGACGGGCAAAUGUGUCCAAUACUCUGAAACCAUCAAAACCUGCGAGGUCCUGUCAUGGUGUCCUCUGGAAAACGACACUGUCAUUCCAAAG